AUGACUCCACGUGGUACAGUGUCGCCAGCGGAAUUUACUAAGCAUGUUGUUUAUCAAACAUGUCUUGGUUUUUCAUGUGCUCUUCGAGGUUUUAUUCUUUCGUGGAAUAAUACUUACGUAUGGAAAACACAACAACGAUCGUUUCUAUCGCUUCUCACAUGUACAUUGUUGAUUUAUAUCUCGCUCGUGAUUAUUUUCCUACCAUUUCGUUUAAUUGUUUGGCUUAUUUCAUUUGCAUACACCUUUGCACCAUCGGUCAUCGAAUGGUUUGAACAUGUUUCAUCAGCACGUACACUUCUGUACAAACUACUUACUUUUAUACCACUAUUGGCGGUAUUUACCAUGAACAAUUUACUUGGAUAUGAUAAACUGUUCUUUUCGGUGUUGGCAUCGGUAAAUCCUUCAUUAGCUGAACGUCUCAAUUCACGUGCACGACAAUCAUUUGCAAGUUCAUUCUACUACUUUCUUCGCCGUACAAUUCAAAUCUUUGCUUUCAUAACACUCAUUCAUUUCCUUCGUUCGACACCGUAUCUCGGUCGAAUCGUACCAGCUCUUUGGGUUUUUAAAUACGCUCGAUAUACAAUCGUCAAUACGAAACAUGUCUACUUGCGAACAACGUUUUUCAUUUUACUUUUUCUACUAACAAUCUUCAAAUCUUUACAUCCCUAUGCGUUAUCAUUACUACACUUACAAAUGGCGAGUACGGCACUUGCACGAGAAUUAUUCGAUACAUAUCUAUCACGCAUUCAUACACAUACAGUAGCGAAUCAUCGUCCGAUAUCGAUCAAAUCGCCUACACCACCGGCACGUUUUCACUUCUUAGGUUUUCUUGUCCCGGCACUUUUGCAUCCAAUUUUUAAUUGGCAAGCAACAGCUGAUGUUGAUCGACCACCGAAUCAGUUAAUUUUACCACAUAGAAAAAUUACACAUUUUCUACGUGAAAACUAUUUUCUUCUACUCGCCUUUGCUUUUCCGUACAUCUUCGUUUUCUCCGUACCUUUAGUCGGAUUUUUCUGUGUAGGAUUCGCACAUGGUGCAGCUGCGUAUACUCUCGCUGUGAUCACAAAAUAA